UGAAAUAAAACCAUCAUUGCCUGUUCCUGCGUACCAAAGCAACGCUCGCGUUCCUGCUAUUUUAUACGACUACGUUUGUAUUCUAUACGAGUGCGAGUCCUGUGGCUCGCAGGACGAUAUAUAGUGUGUUGGUGUAUUUAACUUGCAAUUAUGGGAGGUUCAGCGUGGGUAACUUUGGCCACAAAUGAUUCCUAUUCUUUAGGUGCCUUAGUUUUGGCUCAUUCUCUAAAGCAAACAGGCACUGUUCAUCAAUUGGCUGUUCUAGUAACCCCUGGUGUUACUAGUGCUAUGCGAGAGAAGUUAUCAUCAGUAUUCAAUCUAGUGCAAGAAGUGAAUAUUCUUGAUUCACGAGAUGAGGCGAACUUGAGGUUGCUGAAAAGACCCGAGUUAGGCAUAACAUUCACAAAGUUGCACUGUUGGCGGCUCACACAGUUCGACAAAUGCGUAUUUUUAGAUGCAGACACCUUGGUCCUUAAAAAUUCCGAUGAGCUUUUCGAACGGGAAGAACUGUCCGCUGCUCCAGAUGUAGGAUGGCCUGACUGCUUCAACUCCGGAGUAUUUGUCUAUCGUCCGUCUUUGGAAACUUACGACAAAUUGAUUCAGUUUGCCUUGGAAAAGGGCAGCUUUGAUGGUGGCGACCAGGGGCUUUUGAAUCUAUUCUUCUCCGACUGGGCCCAUAAGGAUAUUAGCAAACAUCUUCCUUUCAUCUACAACUUGUGUUCGACUGCGUGUUACUCAUAUCUUCCAGCUUUCAAACAAUUUGGAGCAAAUGCAAAAAUAAUUCACUUUAUCGGAGCCCAGAAGCCCUGGCUUCAAUACUUCAACACUGAAACCAAAAAAGUUCAACCCUCUGGCGAGUCUUCACAUUUGCAGGAGGUUUUACAGCUAUGGUGGAAUAUUUUCUGUUCUCUCAUCCACCCUCAUUUGUCACCUGCGAUGCAAGGUCAGUCGCAGCACGGAAUGAGUCCAUCUUAUUUCCCACCCGAAUUCCAUCCGUCCCCUAAUCCUACUGCGUCUGCGGAUGACUACGAAAGUGCGUGGGAUCCGUGGGACGAGUAUGAUGAAAAAAUCUCACAAAAUACUAAUAACUCAUUGAUCUCCACUCAUUAUAAUCAAAAUCAGCCCAUUGAAUCUCUAAAUACAAACACUAGUCGUGUUGCUAAUCAGCCCAGCAUUCAUAGUCACUCGCAGUCGCAUAAUUAUAGCACUUACACUGUCCAAAACAAUAGUUAUUAUCAACCGUCGAUUCCUACUGUACUAUACCAGCAUAUUCCUAGGGUGCCUGCUCCUUCCCCAAUUCCUCAAGAAGUGUAUUCACCUGCUCAGUUCCAUCCCUCAAUUCAGCAUCCUGAGCAUAACCUUCAGCACCAUCACGAAACCCAUCAACAACCUUCUCCAUGUCCUCCUCAACAUUUUCUUUUGGAACAACUGCCUCAACGGCCUGACGCUCAUUAUUAUCCACCUGAACCACAACAGCACCAUCAGUUCCAUAAUGAAUCACAAUUUCCUCAACCUCAUGACCACCAUCAUCAUGAAGAACCAGAGAAAUUCGAUCAUUAUGAUCAGCCACAUGUUCACUAUGCUGAAACUCAUUCGCCCGAAGAACCUCAAUCCCAUUUCACUCAUCAGGAGCCUCAGGUUCAUGAACAAUUCACCUCCCCUAGUCCUGUACGAUCCAGAUCUCCAAAAGCUCCCGAUCAAAGUCCUGUAUUACCCAAAGAAUGCGAGGCUACAACUACCGUCUCCAACAGUAGGUCGCUCAGUAUUACUAUUGAGGAAAAUAGUAGCCAGGAAGACGCUGGUUUGGCAGGAGCAUUCUCCCAGUUGACGUUAGGAGUAGCACGAACUGUAGAACAAGACGCCCUAGAAAACGUAUUGAGAAAACAAGCUUGGGAAGUAGGAAAUAUCGAUUAUUUAGGAAAAGAUUCGUUUGAAAACAUUUGGAGCAAAAUCAGUGAAACUUUAAGUGCUGCUCCUCAUCAGCCUGAAGAGCUUGUUGCUGCAGAGUCCGAACUUCCUACUGCCUCUGCUGAACCAGAAAUCGCUCCUGCCGAAAGCCAAAGCCAAACAGCCCUUCAAGAUGUGGCCACUCCCGAUCUUCCGCCUGUUCCUCCCAUCGAUCCCAAAGUAGAUUCACCUGAAUCUAGUCCCGUCCAAGAACCUUUAAUUAGUCCGAGCCAACCAGAAUCUGUUUUGCCACAACCGCCAUUAGAAACAGUUCCUGCCGAAGUUAUUAACGAGGCGGCGAAGGAGAGUCCAGUAGAAUCUGCCGCGGAAAUUAAGCAACCUGAUUCGCCGGUUUCGGUUGAAAAAGAGGCGGAAGUUAAAGAGGCAGCUGCCGAAGUCCCGGUGGUAGCUGAAAAGGUCGAGGAGACAGUUAUAGCGCCACUGCCAGCAGCGGAAGUUGAGCAACCUGUUUCAGCUCCAGUAGUUGAAGCUCCUCCUGCCGCACCGGUUUCUCCCAUUGAACCUUCAAUUCCGGAGCCUAAGCCUGCAAUAACUGAGGCAAUCGCCGCACCUAAACCCGAAACACCUGCUACACCCGUAGAUCCAGUAACUGAGGUUAUUGAAGCUCCUAAGCCUGAUUUAGCUGUGACACCUGCAGUAGCAAAAACUGAAGCUGUUGUAGUUCCUAAGCCCGAGGCAAGUGAAACGCCUGCAGCUGCUGAGGCUCCCAGACCUGAACCAGCAACAGCAACAGAGGCACCUGUAGCAGUUGCACCACCUGUAGCAGUUGCACCACCUGUAGCAGUUGCACCACCUGUAGCAGUUGCACCACCUGUGUUAAAGGCAACACCAUCAGCUGCAGUUGUUGCUCCAGAAGAACCUGCUGUGCCUGAAAGUCCGGCAGCUGCAGAAGCGACGGCGAAACCGCUGCAAUGUCCACUAAAGACUAAAGUUGAAGAGGCUACACCCCCAGCUACUCCAGGUACCCCUCCAGCGACUCCACCGGUGGAAAAAACGAAACAAGCAUUGACCGCGGAAGCAACUGCUCCUGAGACACCGCCCCCGAGUGAAGGGGCUUCAACCCCCACGCCCCCACCUAGAAAGACUGACAAGCCGAAGAAGGUAGCAGCUAAACCGAAAAAAUGAUUCAAUCAGCUCUUUUAUGCGAUUAUAAUGUGCCAUUUAAAUUAUGUGUGUUGCCUGUGUGAUCAAUACUCGAUUACUAUUUUGUUUCCUAUUUAUUUUUUGUUAGGAUUAAUAAUACAUUUUGUUACUAAUAACGUCACACUUACACCUUUGUCUCUCUGAUUAAUAAAUGAGAUGUUUUUUA